AUGCCUCGAGCUCCCCGUGAGGAAAGGUCAGACUCCACUCGUUUCUCAUCUAAGAGACAACGUGAUAGAAGAUCCCAGUUGUCGGGCGCGAUUCGUGCGAGACUGGGCCCCCAGGAGCCUGGCAGGCCAAGGCCGCCAAUACCCACCACAUGGGGUGUGCAUCAUGAUCCUACGGUCACCCCUAUGCCACAGAACAUUUUCCCACACCGUGACCCCUUGGUCACCCCUAUGGUGCAGAACGUUCCCCCGCACCAAGCGAUACGACAUGUUGGGAGAAAUCUCCCAAACGAGCCACCCAUUGGCUCCAUCAGCAAAAGACUGGAUGACAUGCUCUCCACGCCUUUCUGUCCUCAUAUCAUUCAUUACGAGCCACCGAGGGGAUUCCUCGUACCAAAAUUCUCUGCAUACGAUGGGUCCAACGACCCCUUCGACCAUAUCAUGCAUUAUCGACAGCUCAUGACUCUCGAUAUAGGCAACGAUCAGCUGCUAUGCAAAGUAUUCCCCGCCAGCCUGCAAGGGCAAGCUCUCUCAUGGUUCCAUCGCCUACCUCCCAACUCUAUUGAUAAUUUCAGAGACCUAUCGGAGGCCUUCGUGGGACAAUACUUAUGCUCCGCUCGACAUAAGCAGAAUAUCAGCACUUUGCAAAACAUAAAAAUGCAAGAUAACAAAUCCUUAAGGGAGUUCGUGAAACGGUUCGGUCAGGUCGUAUUACAGGUAGAGGCUUAUAGCAUGGACGUUGUCAUACAGAUCUUCAAGCGAAGCAUCUGUCCAGGCACUCCAUUUUUUGAAUCGCUCACUAAAAAGCCUCCUACGACGAUGGACGACUUAUUCCGACGCUCAAGCAAAUACGCAAUGCUCGAAGAUGACGUACAAGCAGCCACCCAGCAAGUCCUGGUUGCCGGACAGGCAUCCAGAGGGGGCGCCAAAGAAGUGUCAAACUUCCGGAUCAGCCAAGGCCGUCCGAUCGAAGGCAUGUCCGACUCAGGUGCCCUUGGAACGGACCCAUCCAAACGUGAUCAUAGUAAAAAAUGCGCCUUCCAUAAGGAGCAUGGUCACACAACGGAGGAAUGCAGAUGCCUCCAUUAUUUGGUCGAAAGGCUCAUAAAGGCGGGACAUUUGAAGCAGUACCUCCGCUCAGAUGCCGGAGGAAGAGACGCUUCUCGAAAUCACAACUCUGGAGCCCCCACGGCUCCGGCCGCCCCCAAGGCCAUCAUAAGCUAUAUUAAUGGAGGUCCAUCGGAUGAGGAGCAUGACUCCAAGCGAAAGAAACAGAGAUUGUUACGGAAAGCAUUAGUGCGCGAACGUAUCAAUUCCAUCCGGCCUGGGAUAACUGGGGGGGGACCCUCGCCCUAUAGAUGGGACAAUCAUUUUCCCACCAGUAGACCCCACCCGGAUACUGCAGCCGCACCGCGACGCCCUCAUUCUAUUCUUAGAGAUUGGAAAUUUUGA